UUCCCCAUGUCUCAUGGCACCACCACCCUGGCCUUCAUGUUCCAGGGGGGAGUGAUAGCUGCAGCAGACACACGGUCCAGCUGCAACGGGCUGGUGGCCUGCCCAGCCUCCCAGAAGAUCCUGCCUGUCCACUCCCACUUGGUGGGCACCACCUCAGGCACGUCCGCCGACUGUGCCCUAUGGAAGAGGAUACUGGCUCGGGAGCUCCGGCUUUACCAGCUCCGCCAUGGCAGAAGGCUGUCCACAGCUGGCGCUGCCAAGCUACUAGCCCACAUGCUACACCCGUUUAAGGGCACUGAGCUCUGUGUGGCAGCCACUCUGUGUGGUUGGGAUGGAGGUGAGGUGGUGACAUGUCCUCUUGAGCAUGGCAGCAAAGGGGCGGAUCAGCAAGAGAACAGAUCAAUGAUGGGGAGUGAAACAGAUGAUCUGGCAAAGACAGCAGAAAGUGACUCAAUCUCUCAAGCAGAGGCACGGGGAAAGAAUCAGUGCCUCUCACCAGCCAUGAAUGGGCAGCACUGUACUGCUGGAGGUAAACAGCUGGUGCUCUCUGGCCCCAGCCUGUACUACGUCUGCAGUGACGGGACUCGCCUGCAGGGAGCGCUGUUCUCUGUGGGCUCUGGCUCGCCCUAUGCCUACUCUGUGCUGGACGGAGGGGUACGGUGGGGGCUGACGGUGGAGGAGGCCAUCUCACUGGCCAGAGAGGCUGUGUACAGGGCCACACACAGAGAUGCAUACUCUGGGAACUGUGUGGAUGUGUACCAUAUCACCUCACAUGGGUGGACUCGCAGGGACAGAGAGGAACUAAGAGAGGAGUAUUACAGAGAGAAGGAGAGAGAAAGAGUGAAGGUGAAGGAAAGGAGGGAGAAACAGGAAGGGGUGGAAGAUGGACAGAGCAGUGGUGGAAAUAAGUUAAACUAA